GUUCCUCCCAUGGUAGAUUUUGUGAUGGUGAACAGAAUAUGUAUGCCAUUGCCUUGAAACUGAGUGGUUUGUCAACUUGGUGUUGAAAUCAACCACAUUGAUUGCUCCUGGUUCUAAACAAACAAGAUAUUUGGCCUAAAUUUCAGCAAGUAGAAUUCAAGAAAGAAACUGGGUUUCCAGGAAGUUCAAGAUGUCAAGAAUCACCUAUUUUUGUCAGUCUAUCUUUCUGAGCUGAGGCAGGCAGUGAUCAGGCAGCUGAGGCAGGCAGUGAUCAGUAUCUUUGACUUUAGCGGAGCAUGGAAAGCAGAUAAACUACUAGGUUACAGGCCUCUUUAGUGUUUAACGAGCCAGAAGAGUCAAGGCUUGAGUCAAGGUUCCCUUCCAUCGAAACCACAAUCUGGAGGUUUCUGAAGAUAAUAUUAUUUUUAGGCUAUUUUUAUGCAUUUUAACAGACACUUUUAUCCAAAGUGACUUAGAGUCAUGCAUGCAUAGCUUUCUUUUUUUUUUUUCUUUUUUUUUUUUACAUAUAAAUGUGUUCCUGGGAAUCAAACCCACUAUCCUGGCAUUGCAAGCAUCAUACUCUACCAAUUGAGCUACAUAGGACCAUGUUCAAUUUGAAAUUAUGAGUAAUGUGUGGAUUAGAUACAUUCAACUGGUUACUGAAAAUAUUCUAUGUGGGUCCAAAGUGGAUUUUUUUUUAGAUCAUUAAUAUGAUUCACGAUUUAUUGGUAUAUGAAAACCUUUAAAAACAUUUGUAGCUAAUGUUUCCCUUCCGUUUAACUGUCCAAAGUAAGCAAGUCAGGAAAAAUAAUUAGCCAAUAAAAAGUGAUUCAGGGCUCCCUGGAAAGCUCCUUGAAUAUGAAAGAUUUGGAAAUGUUUACUUUCUCAUCAUUACAAUGUGGUGUUUGGGCAGAAAUGGGACUCUAAGCAGUGAGUAAACAGAAUAGUUGAAUAUCAAGCGCAUCCUUUCAGUCAGCCAGAGAUAACUGAGGAAGUAGUGGUUGGUAAUGAUGUCACAGACCUUUGAUGCUCCUGUUUGAAGUCAACUGUUGAGUUUUUGAAAGGGAGUGUGUGUGUGUGUGUGUGGGGAUAGGAGUAGGAGGAGAUCAUUCUGUUUUGUGUGUGUGCGCGUCCGUGCGUGCAUGCACAAUAAUCUAUGUGUGUGUCUGAAAGAGUGAGUUUCUGGCUUCGUUGAGAAGAGUAUGAGCAGCUCUGGGAGUAUUCAGUCAGCUGUGGGAGGUCAAUACCCCAACCUUUCCCCUGUGUUCCUCCUGUGUGCUCUGCAGGGUGAGUUGCUUUCAUCUCCACAGAGCAGGUGUCAUGAGUUAACACUGAGGUCACAUUGGCAAGUUGCCCAGCAACCACACACAUCCCUGACACAUCAAACUGCCUUUUACAUACAUCCCCAAUACAUCAAACUGCCUUUUACACACAUCCACAAUACAUCAAACUGCCUUUUACACACAUCCCCAAUACAUCAAACUGCCUUUUACACAUCUCCCCAAUACAUCAAACUGCCUUUUACACACAUCCCCAAUACAUCAAACUGCCUUUUACACACAUCCCAAUACAUCAAACUGCCUUUUACAUACAUCCCCAAUACAUCAAACUGCCUUUUACACAUCUCCCCAAUACAUCAAACUGCCUUUUACACACAUCCCCAAUACAUCAAACUGCCUUUUACACACAUCCACAAUACAUGAAACUGCCUUUUACACAUCUCCCCAAUACAUCAAACUGCCUUUUACACACAUCCCCAAUACAUCAAACUGUCUUUUACACACAUCCACAAUACAUGAAACCGCCUUUUACACACAUCCCCAAUACAUCAAACUGCCUUUUACACACAUCCCCAAUACAUCAAACUGCCUUUUACACACAUCCACAAUACAUGAAACCGACUUUUACACACAUCCCCAAUACAUCAAACUGCCUUUUACACACAUCCCCAAUACAUCAAACUGCCUUUUACACACAUCCACAAUACAUGAAACCGCCUUUUACACACAUCCCCAAUACAUCAAACUGCCUUUUACACACAUCCCCAAUACAUCAAACUGCCUUUUACACUCAUCCCCAAUACAUCAAACUGCCUUUUACACACCUCCCCAAUACAUCAAACUGCCUUUUACACACCUCCCCAAUACAUCAAACUGCCUUUACACACAUCCACAAUACGUGAAACUGCCUUUUACACAUCUCCCCAAUACAUCAAACUGCCUUUUACACACAUCCACAAUACGUGAAACUGCCUUUUACAUACAUCCACAAUACAUCAAACUGCCUUUUACACACCUCCCCAAUACAUCACACUGCCUUUUACACACAUCCACAAUACGUGAAACUGCCUUUUUACACACAUCCCCAAUACAUCAAACUGCCUUUUACACACAUCUACAAUACAUGAAACUGCCUUUUACACACAUCCCCAAUACAUCAAACUGCCUUUUACACACAUCCACAAUAAGUCAAACUGCCUUUUACACACAUCCCCAAUAUGUCAAACUGCCUUUUACACACCUCCCCAAUACAUCAAACUGCCUUUUACACACCUCCCCAAUACAUCAAACUGCCUUUUACACACCUCCCCAAUACAUCACACUGCCUUUUACACACAUCCACAAUACGUGAAACUGCCUUUUUACACACAUCCCCAAUACAUCAAACUGCCUUUUACACACAUCCACAAUACAUGAAACUGCCUUUUACACACAUCCCCAAUACAUCAAACUGCCUUUUACACACAUCCACAAUAAGUCAAACUGCCUUUUACACACAUCCCAAAUGCAUCAACUGCCUUUUACACACAUCCCCAAUAUGUCAAACUGCCUUUUACACACCUCCCCAAUACGUCAAACUGCUUUUUACACACAUCCCCAAUACGUCAAACUGCCUUUUAAAAACAUGACCAAUACCUCAAACUGCCUUUUACACACAUCCCCAACACCUCAAACAGCUUUUUACAUACAUCAACUGCCUUUUACACACAUCCCUAAUACGUCAAACUGCCUUUUACACACCUCCCCAAUACGUCAAACUGCCUUUUAACACCUCCCCAAUACAUCAAACUGCCUUUUACACACCUCCCCAAUACGUCAAACUGCCUUUUACACACCUCCCCAAUACAUCAAACUGCCUUUUACACACCUCCCAAAUACAUCAACUGCCUUUUACACACAUCCCCAAUACGUCAAACUGCCUUUUACACACCUCCCCAAUACGUCAAACUGCCUUUUACACACAUCCCCAAUACAUCAACUGCCUUUUACACACCUCCCCAAUACAUCAAAAAGUAUUUUACACACAUCCCCAAUACGUCAAACUGCCUUUUACACAUCCCCCAAUACAUCAAACUGCCUUUUACACAUCUCCCCAAUACAACUGGCUUUUACACACCUCCCCAAUACUUCAAACUGCCUUUUACACACCCCCCCAAUAUUUCAAACUGCCUUUUACACACCUCCCCAAUACUUCAAACUGCCUUUUACACACCUCCCCAAUACUUCAAACUGCCUUUUACACACAUCCCCAAUACAUCAAACUGCCUUUUACAUACAUCCCCAAUGCAUCAACUGCCUUUUACACACCUCCCCAAUACUUCAAACUGCCUUUUACACACCUCCCCAAUACAUCAAACUGCAUUUUACACACAUCCCAAUACAUCAAAAUGCCUUUGCAAACAUCUCAAUACAUCAACUGCCUUUUACACACAUCCCCAAUACAUCAACUGCCCUUUACACACAUCCACAAUACAUCAAAAUGCAUUUCACACUGAACCAACCCCUCCUAAGAUGCACUUUAUCCAUUUACAGAAUCCACGUUGAUCUAAAGGGGUGAGCAGGUGGACAAUAUACAGUGAUAUACAUAUACAGUUUUUUUUACCAUGCUUUAUUUUGGCUAGAUAAUUCACUUUCAAUGCCUUCCUACUACCCUAAGCUAUAUUCAAAGUUGGUCAUUACUGCACCUUUAAUGUACUGGAGUUCUCUCCUGUGUUUCUCCUUACAGAUACAUUAAGCCAAGCGGUGGGUUCUAGGUUAACACCACCAACCAUGCGGCAGUUCACCGUGGUUCUGAUGUUAAUCGCUUCACUAACAGAGACUUUCCCUACUAGCAGUCUCAGAUACUCCCACUAUACCCAAGGGGAGAGUCCAGACAAUGCAAUGCUAAAAGUCUUGAGAGAUUUAUCCACUGCAUCAACAGAGGGCCCACCCCCUGACAAAUUUCCUGCUCUUCUACCCAAUGACGUAGACAAUCCACUGCUAGAGGCGGAACUACCCAGAAGGGUGUGGUGGUGGUGGUACCCAGCGAAGCCCCACCCACAAAACAGGAUUCGUCAGAAUCGAGCAUGGAGGUCCUCAUACAACCAUAACUCCUUCGGCCUACGUUAUGGGAAAUGAUAGUUAUUAGGAUGGGCUCUACGUCUCUCAGUUAUGUAUUUGAUUAUAUUUUGAACAGUGCCUGACAAUAUGAUGUAGGUAGAUAUAUUUAUGUGUAAAAAGCAGACAAAAUUCCAAGGCCUACACUUGAAAUAUUGCUAUAUCAUCUAUGACGAUUCAUGACAGCUAUUGAUGAAAUUACUUUAUAAUGAAUUUAUAAUUUACAACAGCCACCGUCAUGUGUUACCCAUAUGUGUGUGUGUGAACCCUAUGUUUUGCAACAUAUUUCCAUUCUGAUAUCUGUGAUAGUUUUAUGAAUGCAACUGGAAAUCAAAAAGAUGACACCAUUCAAUAAAUGGGCACUGUAAUCCAGCAGACUGAAAUGUAAUUUAUCUUCAGCAAUACUUUCAAGCAACUCCACCUCAUGUGUUAUCAGUUCAACAUCAACAUGGUUUCCUCUCUACAGAGUGGUUGUGGCCAACACGUUUUCACUGGGGGUUGGCUUAUUUGUCUGAUCUAUUGCUCUAUAACCUGCUCAAGCAUAAGAUGAACUAAGUGCUGACGAUGUAGAGUGGAUAAUGUUUUAGAAUGAAGUAGCCAAAGCAUGUAGACACUCAGAGACAACAGCACCUUUACUGGGUCAGAGACCUUGGGCCUAGAGUAGUAGGACUUUAAUACUGUACAUGAACAUGAAGAUAUUCUACAGUUUCCUUAUCGGGAUGCUUCUGCUUACCAGGUUGGAAGGUAAGGUUAAACAGAACAGACCGCAAUGCAUUGAGGGGGGGGGGGGGGUAUAAAGUAACUAAAUAAAGUAAAUUCAUAAACUGAAUUAGUAGUUAACCAAACAUGAAAACAUUUAGUUUUAUUGACUAAAAGGCGGACAACAUUGUUAAAAGCCCAUAGAUUUUGUUGAGUGGCUAGCCCUAGCUAGCAUGGUUUAAAGCUACUGUUCUGUUCACUGAAAUUGAUAUACAGUACAAGAAAAUGAAUGACAGUGUAGAAAAAGGCAGAUCACAAAACGGGUCCUGUGUGAAUUAUACCAGAUCUGGUAUCCUCAGUCGGACAUUUGCAUGCAAAUUAGAGCUAAAUAAAAAAAAUAUACAAAGUGACAAUUCUACAAUUUCAACAGGUGAUUUGGGAGUUCAGCAGAAUAAUGGGGAAUUUGGAGGCUCUGUGGGAUUUAAGUGUUCAGAUGGUUACUGGCUAUGGAAAUGUCCAGUUUGGCCUAUCAUUGAAAACUGUGAGCAGCUUUUUGCCAAGUUUCCAGAGACUGGAAAAACAAUAAGUUAACAGUUCCAACCUUUUCUGCUUGCCCUGACACCGAACCCGCCUGCCAUACCAUUCGGCCUGCCCUGACCUCGAGCCUGCCUGCCACCCUGUACCUUUCGGCCUGCCCUGACCUCGAGCCUGC